AUGGCACAUGGACAAAAGGAACAAGCUGUUGAAUGGUAUAAGAAAGGAAUUGAAGAACUGGAAAAAGGAAUAGCUGUCUUAGUAAUUGGUAAAGGUGAUCAGUGUGAACGGGCUCGACGUCUGCAAUCUAAAAUGAUGACAAAUUUGGCAAUGGCCAAGGAUCGCUUGCAGCUUUUAGAGAAGCUGCAGGCAGUUUUGCAAAUUUCCAAGCCGCAAAUGGAGGUCUAUAAUGACAGUACUAACCUGGCAUGCCGCAAUGGACAUCUCCAGUCAGAAAGUGGAGCAGUUCCAAAAAAGAAGGAUCCCUUAACACACACGAGCAAUUCCCUUCCUCGUUCAAAAACUGUUGCAAAAACUGGAUCCACAGGACUUUCAGGUCACCACAGAACUCCUAGCUACAGUGGAAUAUCAACUUCUGUGUCUAGACCAGCAUCUAAUCCUGUAGCUUCAACUCAUAAGGCUGCUCCUAAAAAUAGCAGAACAACUAAGCCUUCUACUCCUAUCACUGCUCCUCGUAAGAAGAAAGAUUUGAAGACAUUUAGAAAUGUGGACAGUAAUCUUGCUAACCUUAUCCUGAAUGAAAUUGUUGAUAGUGGGCCAGCUGUCAAAUUUGAUGAUAUCGCAGGGCAGGAACUGGCUAAACAAGCUUUGCAAGAAAUUGUUAUCCUUCCUUCCCUUAGACCUGAGUUAUUUACAGGACUUAGAGCUCCUGCACGUGGUUUAUUGCUGUUUGGGCCCCCAGGAAAUGGGAAGACGAUGUUGGCCAAAGCUGUUGCAGCAGAAUCAAAUGCUACUUUUUUUAAUAUAAGUGCAGCUAGCCUAACUUCAAAAUAUGUGGGUGAAGGGGAGAAACUGGUGCGUGCUUUAUUUGCAGUAGCCAGAGAACUUCAGCCUUCUAUAAUUUUUAUUGAUGAAGUUGAUAGCCUUUUGUGUGAAAGGCGAGAAGGUGAACAUGAUGCUAGUAGACGUCUUAAAACUGAAUUUUUAAUUGAAUUUGAUGGUGUGCAGUCUUCUGGAGAGGACAGAAUACUUGUGAUGGGAGCAACAAACAGGCCACAGGAGCUUGAUGAUGCUGUUCUCAGACGAUUCACCAAACGGGUAUAUGUGUCUUUACCAAAUGAGGAAACAAGAUUAAUUUUGUUAAAAAAGCUUCUAAGCAAGCAAGGAAGUCCAUUGACUCAAAAAGAGCUGGCACAACUAGCUAGAAUGACAGAUGGAUAUUCUGGAAGCGAUUUAACUGCAUUAGCAAAGGAUGCAGCGCUGGGCCCUAUUCGAGAAUUAAAGCCAGAACAGGUGAAGAACAUGUCUGCCAGUGAGAUGAGAAAUAUCAAACUGUCAGAUUUCACUGAGUCUUUGAAGAAGAUAAAGCGCAGUUUGAGCCCUCAGACCCUGGAAGCAUAUAUUCGCUGGAACAAGGACUUUGGAGAUACUACAGUGUGAAACACUACUUGAAGUGAUAUCAAGUGCUGCCUAAGGAGCAAUUGGUACAGGCUACUGGAAAGCAGCCAGAGUUUACAGGACUGUACAGAUUUUUAAGUAUCUGCGUUAAAACUUGAGAUUAAAAAAAAAAAAUACAAUGUGAAACGUGUUCAUCAAAGUCUCCUUGCCAUUUAGUGAGGAUUUACACACUGUAAGUAAGAGCACAAUAGGACUUGAGAUAAGAUUCCUAGCAAUCCAAUUAUGGUUUGAACAAUAAUAUAUGUAUUUUGUUUCAGCUAGAGGGCUCUGAUGAUAUUGAACAUUGGAAGACCUUUUCUUUAUGUUGUGUGCUUCUUUGUUUUUAAUUUUGCCAUGACAUUGAUGUCUGGCUUUCUUCCUGAUAACUACUAAACUACAAUUGGAGGUUUGUAAACUUUGGUUCAGUUUUUGACUUUUUUAUCCUUAAUGUGCCAAAUAAACCGAUUUCUCGAUGCAGAGAGGAUGAACAGCAUUGGGGAAUUACAAUUAUUAAAAUGUAAAAAGCAGCUGGUCUGUUAUUAUUUGUCUUUUUGUUCAGUUGUAAUGUGACUGUACUGUUCACAGAACAGUUUUAAAGACCAUUGAUAGCAGAACAGCAAAAAAAAUAUAAUCCCAACCCCUAUAAACCAAUUCCAACUGUCUUUAAAAAAUAAAUUACUAAAUAAAAAAACUGACUAAGACAUUUAUUUACUGGCAGUAUUUUCUCUUAAUGCAUUUUGUAAUGUUUCCAUUGGUAGAAUGUUAGCUUACGCUUAUGGUGUGCAACUUGGAGCCCAGCUGAUGUUAGAAAGAGUAAGUGAUGCUACUUGUCAAGUUUAAGAAACUACAUGUUCCUACUCUGUAUUUUGCUCUGUUUAUGAUAAUUGAAAGUAAAAUUUCCAUUGUGAUAAUUUUUUUUAAUCUACACAUGUAAGCAUUAAAAUACGAGGCUACAUGUUUAAUAUAUGGCACACAUUAAUGUUUUUAUAGCUUUCAUAUGUUUUGGUUUAUAUAUUAAAGUAUGAAACACUCAACUGAUCUGCCUUUUUAAAAAGAAACUGAAUCUUUGUACAGUACUUGUUUUUAUUAUAUAAAUGACAAGCUAUUAAAAACCCAUAAGCGAUAGCCUUUAAAUACUGUAAUAAAGGAAAACAUCUCUGCCUUUA